ACGCGGCAGUGACGGGCGUAGGGAUAGACUGCUCUGGUAGUCUGCGGAACGCGUUUCUGGGGUCGCCCUUGCCACACUGGCUGAUUGCUGCGUACCUGGCGCCAUGUCUGUGAGCGAAAUCUUCGUAGAGCUGCAGGGCUUUUUGGCGGCCGAACAGGACAUCCGAGAGGAAAUCCGAAAAGUUCUACAGAGUUUAGAACAAACAGCUCAAGAGAUUUUAACUCUACUGCAAGGGGUCCAUCAGGGUGCUGGGUUUCAGGACAUUCCAAAGAGGUGUUUGAAAGCUCGAGAACAUUUUGGCACAGUAAAAACACAUCUAACAUCGUUAAAGACCAAGUUCCGGGCUGGUGAGAUGGCUCAGUGGUCUAAAGCACCUACUUAGAACAAGCUUAACUAGAGCACAGGGACCGCGGUUCAAUCCCCCAGCACCACAGAAAUUCUUGGCAUUGAACCAGAUCGGGAGAAAGGUUUUCAUCUGGAUGUAGAAGAUUAUCUCUCAGGAGUUUUAAUUCUUGCUAGCGAACUGUCGAGGCUGUCUGUCAACUGUGUGACUGCUGGAGACUACUCCCGGCCCCUCCACAUCUCUACCUUCAUCAAUGAGCUGGAUUCCGGUUUUCGCCUUCUCAACCUGAAGAACAACUCUCUGAGGAAGCGCUAUGAUGGCUUGAAGUACGAUGUGAAGAAAGUGGAGGAGGUGGUUUAUGACCUGUCCAUCCGGGGCUUCAAUAAGGAAACAGCAGCAGCUUGUGUUGAAAAAUAGGAGGCUUUCCCUGCUCCUGGCCCUGCUGACCCAGCAGUUGCCAGGGAUGGGUGAGCACAGAGUGCCUCUUUCUGUAGUUA